UCUCACCGCCUUCGGGGCACAGUUCAGCCGACGUCAGUUCCGAAUCCCUGCAGGUAGUUGCCGCUUUGCAGGACGCUUUGAAAUUCUUCGGUUUGCUGUCGCAACUUUGUGCAUACUCUACGGUUUGCUCUUUGUACACUUUUUCAAAAAGCCCUUGCCACUCAUUUUCUUGCCAUCUUCCGUUGUCGACCUGACCGCUCCACAUCAUCAAAAUGGCCGGCGUGGAAGAAAUAGAUCUAUAUGGUCCUCGGGAUCACGAGUGGAGCUGGCAAAGCUGAGAUUAAGAAAGCCUACCACAAGGCCGCAUUAUUGCACCACCCCGACAAAGUGGCCGAGAAUGAGCGUGCGGAGGCUGAAGUUCGCUUCAAAUCUGCGCAGCAAGCGUACGAAAUCUUGUCUGACGAUGACAAACGUCACUUGUACGAUACCCACGGCAUGUCCGCUUUUGAUCCCUCAAGGGGUGGUGGCAUGGGCGGUGAGCCAGACAUGGACGACAUAUUUGCACAAAUGUUCGGCGGUAUGGGAGGAUUUCCUGGCGGCAUGCCUGGCAUGGGAGGAAUGGGAGGCAUGCCUGGAGGACCCAGAGGCCGAAACGUACCCCGCAAAGGCCGCUCGGUGGAGCAAGAGUACGAAGUGACCUUAGAAGAGCUCUACAAGGGGAAGACAACUAAAUUUUCAAACACCAAGAAUGUGGUCUGCCAAACCUGUCAGGGAUCGGGUGGAAAGCCAGGCGCAAAAGCACACGACUGCAGUCAAUGUGGAGGACAAGGACAGAAAAACGUUCUCCGGCAAGUCGGUCCAGGCCUCGUUACUCAGGAGACCGUCCCCUGCGGUAACUGCCAAGGCAGCGGUCAGAUCAUACCCGAGAAACAACGGUGCAAGAAGUGCAAAGGCAAGAAAGUCGUCGAAUCCAAGAACGUACUCGAGCUCUACAUCCCACGUGGUGCACGACAAGGUGAACGGAUAGUACUCGCUGGCGAGGCAGACCAGCUACCAGAGCAAGAACCUGGUGACAUCGUCUUCACGCUCGAGGAACAAGAUCAUGACACAUUUGAGCGCGCAGGAUCAGACCUGAGGGCUGAGCUCAAAGUCAGUUUGGUGGAAGCCCUUACAGGCUUUAAUCGUGUGGUGCUCACACAUUUGGAUGGACGUGGAAUCCAACUCAAUGUCCAGCAACCAAACGGAAAAGUGCUGAGUCCCGGGCAAAUCCUCAAAGUGCCCGGCGAGGGUAUGCCCGUAAAGCGCAGUGACGCAAAAGGUGAUCUAUACCUCGUCGUCGAUGUUGAGUUCCCUGAGGAUGGCUGGCUAAAGAAUGAUGCCGCACUACAAAAAGUCAAGGAUGCGCUGCCUGCGCCAGAGAAGCCAGAGCAAACCCAUGAAGAAGUGGACGAGGUAGAAGUUGAAUGGGAUGCUGAUAUGGAUGACUUUGGUGCGGGCAGUGGAGACCCACGAGCUGGAGGAGGAGAGUGGGAGGACGAUGACGGAGAGCCAGAGGGACCUCAAUGUGCGACGCAGUAA